AUGGACCGCUCCAAGAAGCCUGCGGCCAUCGGUGUGGGUGCAUCGCUCCCACAGCCCUCCGUCUCCGUUCAGGAUGGCCUGAUCGAGGCCAGCUUGCCCUCUGGUGAAUCUGUUACUGUCUAUCUCUAUGGUGCUACGGUCACCUCCUGGAAGACCAAUGGUCAAGAGAAGCUCUUCGUUAGUAAGAAGGCGCAUAUGGAUGGUUCCAAGCCCAUUCGAGGUGGAAUUCCCCUUGUCUUCCCGGUGUUUGGUCCUCCCCCACAAAAUCACGCUACCUCAUCUCUUCCCCAACAUGGCUUCGCCCGCAAUUCGAACUGGGAGUUUCUCGGCAAGUCCUCUUCAGAGGCGAGCAAGGGCGACUUUGCCGUGAAGCUGGACUUUGGAUUGUCGCACACAAUGCUGAGUGAGGAGUUUCGCAAGGCCUGGCCCUACGAAUUCGGCUUGGUCUACAGCGUUACAUUGUCCAAGGACGCGCUCAAGACCUCCCUGCAGGUCACGAAUGAGGGCAAGGAGAACUUUGAGUUCCAGGUUUUGAUGCACACCUAUUUGAGCGUCGAGGAUGUUUCCAACAUUCGCAUCAAGAACCUCGAAUCCAAGACCUAUGUCGACAAGACCCGCAAUGCCAGCACACAUACUGAGUCCCUCCCCGCUCUGGCCAUUACAGAAGAGACCGAUCGUGUCUAUCGGGAUCUGGAUCCCGCCCAGCCCAUCAUUGUCUCGUCUGCUUCCGAUGACCAACCCCUCUUCAGUGUUACUCGGGAGGCACUCACCGACAUCGUUGUUUGGAAUCCUUGGAUUGAGAAGGCCAAGGGAAUGUCCGACUUUGGACCUGAUGAGGCGUACAAGAACAUGAUCUGUGUGGAAGCUGGCUCUGUCUCGACCUGGCAGACCCUGGAAGCUGGUGACUCGUGGGAGGGUGUGCAGAGCAUCAAGUCUCGUCUGUGA